AGUGCAUUGCCAAAUAGAUGCAGCGGCACGGGAGACCCUUACCGUGCAUUAACAAGCUCAAAUUUUAAGAUGUCAUUAGAGAAUGAGUAACAAGGAACUCAAACAAUGCCACUGUUACAUAACUCAGGCGCAUGAAUGCCAGCAGUAAUUUGUCGGGAGCCGUGUGAAUAGGCAAGGCGGCCGAGCGAAAGAGGUCGCCUGAAUGGGGAACCGCCGUCAGCGGCACGACGCAAUAAGAUGAUCGGGGGCUGAGCGAGCAGCGUGAUGGCGGAGAACGCGACGGAGGCGGCGACGCUGGAGCCGCCGGCGCCGUACUCCUUACCUGAGACGGUGCUGAUCGCGGGUUUGGCCAGUACCUUGAGCUUCCUCACCGUGGUGGGCAACAUCAUGGUGAUCUUGUCCUUCAAGAUCGACAAGCAGCUGCAGACCAUCUCCAAUUACUUUCUGUUGUCGCUCGCCAUCGCCGACGUUACCAUCGGCUCCGUCUCGAUGCCCCUCUACACCAUUUACUUGCUGAAAGGCUACUGGCCCUUUGGGCCUAACGUUUGCGACAUGUGGCUCGCCCUCGACUACCUUGCUUCCAACGCCAGCGUGCUCAACCUUCUCAUAAUUUCCUUUGACAGAUACUUCUCUGUGACACGACCUCUGACCUAUCGAGCAAAAAGGACGACGACGAAAGCAGCGGUAAUGAUAAGCUCCGCGUGGGGAAUAUCGUUGCUGCUCUGGCCCCCGUGGAUUUUUUCCUGGCCGUACAUAGAGGGUAAACGCACCGUGCCCGACACGGCGUGCUACAUCCAGUUCAUCGAAACAAACCACUACAUUACAUUCGGCACGGCGAUUGCUGCUUUCUACGUGCCAGUCACGGUGAUGAUAAUUCUCUACUGGAGAAUUUGGCGGGAGACGGAAAAGCGAAAGAAAGACCUGCCAAACCUACAGGCCGGAAAGAAGGAGUGCUCCAAGCGCUCGAACUCGAGCGACGAGGCCAUGGACCUCGAGGACUGGAAACGGACGCGCAGCGAGUCGAGUACCGGCCCCGACGAAGUCGACUCUCAGAGCUUUAUAGCAGUACCCUACCGCACGUGCGCGGUGCAUGGUCCGACGGUGAACCAGCAGUAUCACGCACCUUGCUCGCCGUCGUGGAUCCGCUACAAGUGCGACCUGCUGGCGUCGUACCUUCGUUGUUGCUUCGCCCGCACCCUCGGCGCCGGCGAGGCGCAACAACCGCCGCAGCACCGUUUCUGGCGCCGCCGCCAGCAGGACUUGGACACGAUGAGCGAGGCCGGCUACAACACCUCCGUGUCCAUGGAGACGAGCGUGCCGAGUAGCGUGUCGCGGUGCACCUCGCUCAAUAUGAUCAAAGAUCCUUACGCGGUGAACCCCACCGCUAGACUGGCGCACUACGACCCAAAACAGGUGACCGCAGGGGCUCGCACCCUGACACGGUCGGUGUCCACGGAGUCAGUGUACACAAUACUGAUCCGGCUGCCGUCAGAAAACGAAAAAUCGGAGCUGGCGUCGAUCAAAAUGCUGCCGGCGCUGGAUACGGGUUACCCGGAUGCGACGCUGCGUCGUCACUCGUCGGACGUGCGCAUCCCCUUGAACGCCAAGAUCAUUCCGAAGCAGCUGAUCAAAUCCAACUUUCCGCUGAAGAAGAAAAAGAAGAAAUCGAACGAAAAGAAGGCGGACAAAAAAGCGGCCAAGACGCUGUCUGCCAUCUUGUCCGUGUUCAUCAUCUCGUGGCUGCCGUACAACGUGUUGGUGCUGCUCAAGCCGCUGACUUCGUGCGAGGACUGCAUCAGCCAGGGCGUGUGGGACUUCUUUUACUUCUUCUGCUACAUCAACUCGACCAUCAACCCCUUCUGCUACGCCCUGUGCAACGAGACAUUCCGCAAGACCUACAUCAAGAUCAUCAAGUGCAAGUGGCAGUCUCGCAACAGGGCUGCCCUCAACCGCGGAUACUACAACUGACCGAGACAAUAAGCCACAUCAUAGUCCCCGAACUGCGGCUCCGAAAACGCAAAGUCUGCCGGCGAGGCGCACGCAAUUCUGGCCCGCUCGGCAAAAACGAAUAUAUUAUUGUAUAGAGGAUAUUUAAGAAUAUACUUGAGAUACAAAACUAAAUGCGAAGCCUGGUAUUUUUCUCGCGCUUCUAUCGAUGCAUUAAAUCGGUGUUUGUAAACUGUACUUCCCUCUGAAAUACAUUUGUGUACUACUUAUGCCAAAUUUUAGCAAAACACGUGCCAAAUAUUUGUACGGGCCGACGUUGCGUGCUGUCCCAAAUUCGAGAACUUCCUGUCUCUUUCUCUUGAUCGGGAGCGUGCGUAAUUAAGAAUUUCGGAAGAGGCUGAUGACGCGCACGCCCUUACUUUGGAGCAAGCAUAAGGCCAGAUUGUUUGCAAAUUGGAUUCGCGACAGCGAUUAAAAAAUAAACACGAUGUAAUAUGUCGCCAGGCAGAUUUUGCUCGCGUGAACCGCGCAGGGGUGUUAAAACUAACGAACCAACGGCCACGCUGCUCAACGACCCUCGGUGUGUUCUCUUUCAUAUCCCCGCCCGCCACAAUUGAGGACUGCUGCAGGCAAUUGUGCGAAUCAGUGUUUGGAUGUUUGUAUUCUACCUAACGAGCUGUGUUUAUUGAUUAAUAUUAAAUAUACACACAUAACAUGAAAACCCCGAAACAA